ACGGGUAUUGCAGCGUUUUAUUUUAAAAUCAUGUCGAUAAUAAACAUAUUGGAUAUAUGUACCUGUUUAUUAUCUUACACUGUGUCGGCCAUUAGAGAAAUCAAACCCGGAAGUUUUAACCAAGAUCUCUGCGUAUUGACCUACUGGUCCUGCAGCUCAAUCACGUCUGCUUCCAACUGGGUUUUGAUCCCGCUCUCCCUGGCUCGAAUGUGCGAACACUUCAGCAUGGACCCCCAGAAGAUCAGCCGCUUCUCCAGAAUCGCCACACUCGUCGUCUUCUUCAUCUCGUGCGGUUUGAGCUUCGCUUUUGCGUUAUUCAGGACUACAAGUACUUACACAAAGAGCCACGAAUACGUCGAAUGCUUUCAAAAGCACGAUGUACUGAUGUCGUACUUAUACUUCACUUUCCUCUGCGUGAUGCCGUUUGCAGGCAUCAUCGGCAUAUACGUGUGGUUCGCCAAGAAGCUCUACACCCAAGUCACGUACAGACGUCUCAAGAAACUGUUAAAAAUGUUGAUCACCACACCAGUAACCAACGUUGUGGUGCUGUGCGACUUCCAAUUUGUUUUCACCGUCCUCUUCGGCUCCAUCGUGUACCUCUCCAUGAUGCGUCAGAAGAUCGAGUCGUCCAUAGAGGAGUCACAGAAGUACCAGGCCAUACAGAUUCUGGCAUUGGGCCACCACUUACCCGUCAUCACCCACUUCAUCUUCCACUUCCUGUUUGACGCUGUAUUCCGGAUGGACUUCCUCAACAUGCUCAUUGGCCGAAGGAAGAAGAAGGUCCCGGUUAUGCCUGUACCGCAAGGGCUACCAGAAACAAUAUCCAUUGACUCCAUUAAAGAGGAGUCGGAAGAAGAGCCAGAGACUACUCCAGAGGAGACACCAUCUGAGCAAACUUUACCAUCAGAAGAGUCAGUACAAGAGGUUUCGGAAGAGCAACCCAACCAUUUGGUUCUGUCAUCAGCUUUCCACUUUGGUUAAAAUCUACACCUUCAACUGGCCGGCGGCUGAAACCUUCAAUGUGUCUCAAGUUUAUGUGCAGACGAGCUGUCCACAUAAAAAGAUCAUGAUCUUUUAUAAACUGUUAUUUGUAUCAUGAUCUUUUAUACACCGAGACUUGCAUCAUGAUCUUUUAUACACCGAAACUUGCAUCAUGAUCUUUUAUACCCCGAGAGCUGCAUCA